AUACUAUCGCUAUUGCCAUAGAUUGUUUUGCAUCCCAUCUAGUUUUUGCGCAAUAUGGAGUUGUUUAUGAAGUGUCUGCAGUUUGCUGCCGACAAACAUCGGAACCAACGCCGAAAAGACACCAGUGGAACGCCGUAUAUAAAUCAUCCCAUUAAUGUGGCAACUAUCCUGUCGACAGAGGCGCACGUACAGGAUAUGACUGUUCUUAUGGCGGCCUUGCUUCAUGAUACAGUCGAGGACACAGACGCUACAUUUGAGGAUAUUGAGAAUUUAUUCGGGCCUGAGGUAUGUUCCAUAGUACGCGAAGUUACGGAUGACAAAACGUUGCCCAAAGGUGUAAGGAAAGAUCUUCAAAUAACGAACGCUGCUAACUCCACUCGAAGGGCAAAACUUGUUAAAUUAGCAGACAAAUUGGACAACUUGAGGGAUCUUGAAAAAACGUUGCCCUGCGGUUGGACAGAGUCUUGCGUCAAUUUGUAGGAACGUAGAGAUGAGUACUUUAAAUGGGCAAAGAAAGUUGUAGACAAUUUACGUGGAACAAACGAACAUUUAGAACGUCAAUUGGAUAAUACAUUCAGGACCCGUGGAUUACUAUAGGUGAAAAAUAAAACAAUACUAUAAAUAAAAAAAUCUUUGUUUUAUGUAAA